GGGAUAACCCCCAUGGGUAAACACAAGCAUCGGUCGGGGUAGUAUCGUGUCCACCCUGAGCAGCGUACCUGAUUUUCCGUUGGCGGACCAGAGAACUCAUGUGGAUAAGCAUCCCCCAAGCAAUAUCUUCGAACAUGUACUUUCAUGUUUGAAUUAACUGUCCUACUAGUUUAGUCGUGGAUAAGCGCCACAAAGCCCUGCAUCAUGAACAUAUAUAUGAGUCCCCAAAUUCUCCAAUCAAUCACUCUUACUCUCCCAAACACAAUAAUUUCCUAAAACACACCCACACAACACCAACAAAAAUGGCCCCCUCCGCAGUCCCCGAGAACACGACCGCCGUCACCCCGGAAUCUAUUCAGAAUCCCGCCGUGGCUCGGACCGGCGACCUCUUCUCUCUCGGAAACCGCACAGUCGUGAUCACCGGCGGCGGUCGCGGACUCGGAAUCGUCCUUGCAGCAGCCGUCAUCGAAGCCGGCGGUGAUGUCGCGUGUUUGGAUCUCUUGCCCACCCCCAGCGAUGAGGAAUGGGCUACCGUGCAGAAGCUGGCUUCUGCCCGUGGUCUCCAGGCAACAUACACCCAGUGCGACAUCACCAACGAGGAGGUGACAAAGGACGUCCUUGAGAAGAUCGCCGCCGAGGGACUGAAGCGCAACAUGCCUUUGCGGGGAGCUAUUACCUGCGCUGGUAUCCAGCAAAUGGUGCCUGCCCUGGACUACCCGAUUGACGGAUGGAGGAAGAUGUUGGAUGUCAACGUCAUCGGAACGUUCAUCCCCGCCAAACACUGCGCCCGUAUCUUCAAGGAGCAAAACACCCCCGGAAGUAUCGUCAUGAUCGCUUCCAUGUCCGGACAGAUCGCCAACCGCGGUCUGACAUGCACAGCUUACAACUCCUCCAAGGCAGCCGUCCACCAGAUGUGUCGCUCUGUUGCCCAGGAAUGGGGUCAAUAUGGUAUUCGUGUUAACACGCUGUCCGCCGGUUACAUCCGCACAGCUAUGACCGAUGCGCUGCUGAAGGAGAAGCCCGAGGUCGAGGAGACUUGGAUGCGUGGUGCCCUUUUGGGCCGCCUGGGUGUUCCCGAAGACUUUAAGGCGCCGACGGUUUACAUGCUCGCUGAUGGUAGCGGCUGGAUGACUGGAACGGAUUUGAGGGUUGAUGGUGGUCACUGUGCUUCUGCUUAAUGAUUGAAUGAGGUCCUUGUUAAGAUGGCAUGGUUUGGCGUUUU